AUGAAGACAUCCAUAUGUACUGUUUAUAUCCUGGCUUAUUUCAUCCAUUCGAGCUACGGAACGUCAACGAUACCUCCAGCACCCUUCGCACAACCCUCGAGCAAAGCCCUCGACCUCGUGAACAUCCUCAUCGGAAAUGGAGGAGACACGCCCAACGGAUCCGGAGGGAUGAUACCCAGCACUGCGCCACCAUUCGGUAUGACACGUUGGGUCGCUCAGACGCAGGUGCACUAUGUGUCCGCGACGCCGUUCAAUUGGACCCUUAGUAAGGUCAUGGGUGUUGUUGGGACGCGUCAGCCCGCGAUCUGGAUGGGCGAGAGUGCACCGAUCAGUGUGAGCGCAGGUGUGGGCGAGGAGGUUGUGGUUGACUUUGAGAAGAGGGGCCUGGAGGUACUGCGAGGAGGUGACGGGCAGAAGCGAGAAGUCGUCAGUGUGGGGUACUACAGCGUGGAGGUGGAUGAUGGACACGGAGGGGAAAUCAAGAUCGAGCAGACAGCGACCUCUCGCGUCUCCCACCUUCGGUUCACCUUCAAGACGGAUCUCGCACCCCACAUCCUAUUCGAGGUAGCAAGACCCUCCGUAGUCACCUCUACUCCAACCAACAUCACCUUCCCACUAGGCAGCGUAACCCUCAACCACCCACUCGAGAUCUGCGGCUGGUCCAACGAGCGGCAAGAUAGCAUAAUUGCACCUACCUCCACAGCGCCGUUUUCACAGCACUUCAAAGGGUACUUCUGUGCCCGGUUCAACGAGGAUACACCUAAACCCCUGUACGGCGUCAUCCAGAAUGGAAGAGUCACGUACCCGUUCCAAAGCCAACAGACGAAAGAGGGCCCGCUCCUGAGCGCAUAUGCACUAUUCCCGACGUCAAGCGAGAAGGUCGUGACACUGCGCGUCGGGACGUCGUUCAUCUCGGAAGAGCAAGCGAGGCGGAACCUUGAGUAUGAGAUUCCCGACCGCACUCCUCUUGCUUCUGGCUCUGCGUCUGCGUCUUCUGUGUCGGCACCGAUGUCAGACUCAGACUUAGACUUAAACUCCGACUCGAAGCUCCAUUACCGACCCGGCACGUUCGAGAAUACGGCGUACCGGGUGCGCAAGGCGUGGGCAGAUAUUCUGGACCGUAUUGAGCUGCUUCCGUACGCCGACGGACAACCUGAGCAGACGGAGCGCGACCUUGUCGACCAGCAGGUGUUCUGGACGGGGGUGGUGCAUACACUCCAGUACCCCAGCGAGCAGCACGAGCAAGGCCGGUACUACUCCGGUUAUGAUAAUGCCGUCCACGAGCUGCCUGCAGGUGGCGAGUCGUACACGGGAUAUUCAAUUUGGGACACGUAUCGAGCACAAUGGGCGUGGCAAAUCUUGUUCGUACCGGAUCGUAUCCCGGGCAUGGUGCAGAGCAUGCUUGCUGACUACAAGGAGGGAGGAUGGCUGCCCAUGUGGAAGAACGUUGUUGAGACGAACAUCAUGGUUGGCACACAUGCAGACUCGCUUAUCGCUGAAGCAGUCCUGAAGAAUAUCAGUGGUUUCGAUCGUGAGCUUUCCUGGGAGGCGGUAUGGAAGGAUGCCACGGUGCCCCCGGAGAAGGACGGGGAGGUUCCGUAUGCAGACCGCGAAGAGCAUGUCGACUACGAAGUACGCGCUGGACUUUCUUCGGUGUACAGCACGAAGGGCUGGGUAGCAGAUGACAUCCACUCGGAGAGCGCUUCUCGGACGCUUGAUUACGCCUAUGACGACUACGCCGCCUACGUCCUAGCUCGGGAGUUAGGCAAGCCCGAGAACGUGACGAGCUUCCUGCUGGAGAGGGCAAUGCGCGCGCCUUUCACGCUCUUCAAUGAUGCCUCGGGCUUUAUGGAAGCCAGAAACGCGGAUGGGAGCUGGGCUGGAGAGGAUAAUGGAUGGACUGAAGGCGACAAGUGGGCGUACUCAUUCGACGUCGUACAUGACGUACCCACAUUGAUCAAGCGCCGGGGCGGGGCUAUCAAGUUCAUACAGAGCUUGGACGAUCAUUUUGAUGGUGGGCACAACGAUCAUAGCAAUGAGCCGUCGCAUCAUAUACCGUACCUCUACGCCCUCGCAGGAGCGGCGUUCAAGACCCAGGAGAAAGUGAGGGAGAUCGCGCUCGCGAAUUAUGAUAACACGCCAACGGGGUUAUCGGGGAAUGAAGACUGCGGACAGAUGAGCGCUUGGUACAUCUUCAGCGCUAUGGGGUUCUAUCCCGUUAAUCCCGUCUCGGGAGAAUACGUCGUUGGGUCUCCAUUCUUCGAGAAAAUUACCAUUAACCUAGACAGCCCGUCCUCCCAAGGUGCGCCGUCGCCAGGCAGGAAACUGUCUAUUACCGCAAUUGGUGCACGCACGAAACCCUACGUCAAGUCACUGACGAUCAACGGUGCACCCAUCAAGGAGCCCAUUAUCAAACACAGCCAGAUCGUGGAUGGGGCCGAAGUUAUUUUUGAGAUGAGCGACACGGUGGAGCCGUGGGGUAAUGACGACGGGAUCCUCGCCACAUUCGCGGCAGAGCGCUCUCAUCGGAAGCUUGGCCGGUCGAAAAGGGCCUUUCUACGAUUGACGUCCUGGAAUCCUUUCAAGCAGUUUCAAGCCUUUACAAGCUCUGCCAAUGGGAAGCCUUGA